AGGGACUUAGAUGGCCAAGGGAGGUACCUCCUAAGAGGGGUUUUCUCUCCCUCCUUUAGGGGGACUGGUCUGGGAUCCAGGUAUGUGUUGGAGACAGGAAUGGGGAGAGAAGGAAAUGAAGGCAGACUGUGCUGCCCGGCCCCGACCCAGCGGGGCUGGGUGACCAGUGGAUGCUGGAGGUUCCUCCAGUGCAUCUCCAAGUUGAGAAAAUGAUAUGAAGUCACCAAACAGCCGCUCCUCGCCGUGCGGACACCCUGGGAGAUGGAAAGCAGUGCAAGGCACAGUCCCUCCUUAGAGGAACAUCCGGGGGCUGAGGCAGACGAGCAAAGAGGUUCCGGAAGCAGGCAGAGCUGGUUCCAAUCCUGUUUCUGCCACUUUGUACAGAUGUGACCGUAAGAAGUCCUCUGCCCCUCUGAGCCUCAGUUCCUCAUUUGUAAACAGCGCCUACUUCGGAGGGUUGUCCGAGGAGCCACACAGCAGACGGGUGUGAAAUACUUGGCUCAGUAUUUAGGGCUUAGACUCCGAGGUGAAGACGAGGAGCAAAUGUGCCUGCUGGAAGGCAGCAACCUGACCAUUUCCUGUUUGUACACCAGGCAGUACGCCUCCAGCCUGAAGGCCUGGCAGCGGGUGAGGAGCCGCGGGCCCCCAGAGACACUGGUGCGCACAGACACCAGGAACGCGGACCUGAACAUGGCCCAGGCCGGGAGAUACCUGCUGGAGGACGACCCCACCGAGGUCAUGUUCAGAGUCACCGUGCGGGAGCUCCAGAGGCAGGACGUGGGGCUCUAUCAGUGUGUGAUUGACCUCUCACCCCAGACCCCCGUUGUCCUGCCUCCUCGGAUUCGGCUGGUACCAUGUGAAGGACUGCCGCCUGCCCUGGCCCUUUCGGAGCUGCAGGUGAUGGCUAUUGUUCUGACUUGUGGAUUCGUCCUGAACAAGGGCCUGGUGUUCUCAGUCCUGUUUGUCCUUCUCCGGAAAGCCAGGACCUCAGGUGAGCCAAACCCAGGGGAGCAGCAAAGCCACCCUUCCAGGAGCUGACGGGCAUGCCUUCCUUCCCUAGCAAACAUCACAUCCACUCUCUGUUCCCCAAACGAACAAACAAAUAAACUGAUCUCUCAGGGAA